GCCAUGCGGAGCCGGGCGGAGGUAGACGCUACGUUACGGACGGCGAAAUUGAACCCGGCGGAACUGUUGCCGGUCGCGCACUGCCUCAGUUUCGGUCCGCAGGCCGGCGCCGGCGAGUGCUGCCUGCUGCAGCUGGAGCCGGGUCUCUGCGCCGAGCUGGAGGCGGGACGCAGCCUAGUAAUCCGUGGUGAAAAGGAUGAACAAGCAGUGUUGUGCAGCAAAGAUAAAACUUAUGACAUGAAAAUAGCAGAUACCUCAAAUAUGCUGCUGUUUAUUCCUGGUUGCAAAACUCCAGAACAGCUGAAAGCAGAUCAAGCAUCUUGUAAUGUUAUUCAUUCACAGAUUGCUGGCUUCUCUAAUAACUAUUGGGAAUUAAGGAGAUGUCGACCAAAACUGAAGAAACUGAGGAAGCUUUUAAUGGAAGAUCCAUAUGAAGGGCCAGAUAGUCGGAAAGAUCAGACUUUGACAUUUUCAAAGUAUACAACAGAAGAUUUGUUAAGUCUGAUUCAAGCAAGUGAAGAAGAAAUACUGCACCAAUUGCAGGUUAUAGAUGCCUGCAAAAUCGAAGGAUUUUGGAGAAUUCUAGAAUUUGACUAUGAGAUGAAACUCUUGAAUCAUGUGACUCAGCUAAUAGACUCAGAGUCCUGGUCUUUAAGUAAGGUUCCUUUACGUACCUGCCUUGAGGAACUUGGAUCUUUAGAGCCCAGGGAGAUGAUAGAACAUACUCUUUUAAGCUAUGGAAGGAAAUACAUCGAUGAUGCAGGGGAGGUUUACUUUGAAAUGCAUGAAGAUAAAAUAUGCAGAGCUAUAGCACAAAUGCUUUUGCAAAAUGCAGUUAAAUUCAAUCUAUCAGAGUUUCACGAAGUCUGGCAACAAAGCGUCCCUGAGGGAAUGACAACAAGGCUUGAUCAGCUUAAGGGCUUGGCUCUUGUGGAUAAAAGCUCAAGACCAGAGACCAUCUUUCUGCUAAAAGUAGAAGACUUACCUGAAGACAAUCAGGAAAGAUUCAACAGCUUAUUCAGCAUACGGGAAAAGUGGACAGAAGAGGAUAUUACCCCUUAUAUACAAGAUUUAUGUGCAGAGAAGCAGACAGUUGGUGCUCUUCUGACAAAAUACGCUCGGUCCUCAAUGCAGAAUGGUGUUAAAGUUUAUAAUUCUAGAAGACCCAUCUCAUAACAAGUAUUGUUUUAAGAACUGGAGUACUGAAUGGAGUAACAGUGAAUGUUGCUUGUUGCUGCCUUCUGGGGAAAGGAGUUGUCAACUGGUAUUAUACAAUGUUCUUGAGAUUAAGCAGCUAAGCUUCUUGAACGAGUUCUGUUUUCUGCUCAGCUAAGUAGAAUGUGAGGGUGCUUGCCUCUUCUAAGAAACUAUAGUGUCAUCAACUGAUGCCCACCUUCCUUUGCCCACCUUAUUUUUCCUCUGUG